AUGGGCAAGGUAUGUAGAGAGUCGACCAGAGAACCGCAACUUUGUCAAACAGUUUUGUCAAACAAUGUGAAAUAAAAUGUAAAAAGUUCAGCUAAAAAAGUUCAUUCAAGCUAAACCUGAGUCACUUUUUAUUGCUGUUGCAUCAAACAGAUCAUCUUCUACGAGGACAGGAACUUCCAGGGUCGCUCUUAUGAGUGCAUGAGCGACUGCUCUGAGCUGGGCUCUUACCUGCUCAGGUGCACCUCCUGUAAGGUGGAGAGCGGCUGCUUCAUGGUGUAUGAUCGUCCAAACUAUGUGGGGAACCAGCAUUUCUUGAGUAGGGGCGAGUACUCUGACUUCCAGUCCAUGGGUUUUACCGACUCCAUCCGGUCCUGCCGUUUGAUCCCUCAUGUAAUCAUUGAUUAUUAAUAUGAACUCUCAUGUUGUGAAUGUUUGAUGCCUUAUUCUUAGUCAGACUCUGAUGUCGUAGAGUCCGUAGAGCGCUUUCACUUACUUUCUGCUGUGCUGUUAAAAAUCACACAAGUAUUGAGGUAGACUAUAAAUUCUGCACAGCGCACUCAGAUUUUGGUUCGUUUUUAACUUCUGCAGCACAAGAUUGACUUCUAAAUCUGCUUUAUGUUCCCUUCAACAGUACAGAGGCUCUUUCAGGAUGAGGAUUUAUGAGAGAGAGAACUUCCAGGGCCAGAGCCACGAGCUGAUGGAGGACUGCGACAGCAUCCAAGAACGCUACCGCAUGUCUGACUGCCAGUCCUGCCACGUGAUGGAUGGCCACUGGCUGAUAUACGACCAGCCUCACUUCAGAGGCCGGAUGAUGUAUCUGAGGCCUGGGGAGUACAGGAGCCCCAGGGAAGUGGGAUACAAAGGCGGUAGGCUCAGCUCUGUCAAGCGCAUAACAGAUCCCUGCUGA